AUGAAACGAUUCUUCUCCUGGAUUCACCGCAGGUCUGAACCUGAACCCGUACAAGAUGGCGUCUUGUCAAUAGGAGCUCUGGACCCUCUCAGAAGCUCCAAGGUCUUGGACGAGAUCCAAAAGAAUGAAGCCUUUCCGCCAUCGCCAUCUGUGUCCCCGCGCCUCGCACCGCGUGAUGAGCAAUUAGAGGAAGACUUUGUGCUCGUGGACGCCACGCAGGAGCUUGCAAUCGAUGUCUCGACUGCCCCGCAACUACAUACGGAUCUUGGGUCCUAUUUGCACCCCAGGAGACCGAAAUACACACCUUCCCCGCAGCGCUCCCGGGCCGCUGACACCACCCCUUCAACAAAGCCUAUACGAAGACCGCGCUUCCAUGAUGAUCUGGCCAUAGAGGACCCGUACGGUCAACAGUACCGGGCAUACGAGAAGCUACCCUUUGGCAGGCCUGUAUCUGCCGUGUCCCUCUUCUACCCCGAGAAUAAACCGCUGCCGGACAAUCGUAUCGCGUCUCUACUUGCGCCUGAAUGGGAACGACGCGAAAAAGAGAGGAGGGCUCUAGAGGGCUUGGCGGGUCGUCCAACUCGGAUUAUUCCACGUGGACCGGCUGUACGGCCUCUAUCAAGGGAGUGGAUGAUGAAGGUUUCAGAGGCCAUGAGAACCCUUCAGGGUUACGCAGUCGCCAGGUCUCCUUCGGGCGACGACUUGUACCAGAGGGACAUUGCAACGUGUAUCAAGCCACUGGCGUGGCUCAAUGAUGAAAUCAUCAAUGCAUACCUAACCGUCCUUGUUCAAUAUCUCCGGCAGUCAACCGGCAACACUGCACCGAAUGAGCGACCCAAGUUCCAUGCGUUCAACACUUUCUUCUACUCUACCCUUAAGGACAAAGGGUAUCAAGGUGUCCGCCGCUGGGCGAACCGCGCGAAGAUUGGCGGGGAGGCUCUUCUGGAUGUUGACACUGUUUUCAUCCCAGUGCAUCAGGCGAGUCACUGGACUCUGAUGGUAGUACGGCCUAUGGACCGGACGAUCGAAUACUUCGACUCACUCGGCGCCCGUGGCGUGCGCGAGGUAGAGGUUAUCAAAAACUGGCUCCGCGGAGAACUGGGAGACAAGUUUGACGCAGAAGAAUGGACCUUCUUACCCUCUGUCUCUUCCCAGCAGGAUAACAUGAGUGACUGCGGCGUGUUUCUUCUUACCAAUGCCAAGGCUAUUGCCCUUGGCAUUGAACCGACGGCGUUCGGGGCAAGCGAUACGGUUGGCUUGCGGGCAAAGAUCGUCGCAGAACUCAUGAAUGGUGGGCUACACGGUCCCUUCUGUCCAGUCGAUAAAAUGGGCCAAAUUUUGCUUUGA